CGCAGCCUUUCCCUCCCCGCAGGUGAAGCGGUGGGGUUGGGAUUGCACGGGACGGAGCGGGGCGGGAUCGAGACAGGGAGGCGUGGCUCCUGCUCCGUCUCCAACUGCCCGUCCGCAGAGCGCGUGCGGCCGCUCCCGCUUGCACAGCGCCGCCGCCUGCCCGCCGCUCUCCCUUGCUGGCUCGAAUUCCCCCCAGUCAAGCGAAGCGGGAGGCAGACUGACGCCGCCGCCGCCAGGAGCCCUGGCGAGCUCCUCUACCUUCGUCCCUCGUUUCCUUUUCCUGCGGCAUCGGUAACGCGCGAAAGCAAGGCGAGGACUUGAGGGCGCUCGCCGCCUGCGCCCCUCCACGGCUCUCCCUCGCCAUGAGUCCCGAGGAGAAGCCGCCGCGGCCCCCGACCCGCUCCCGGGGUAGCCGGGCGCCCCACCAGCAGCGGCGCGGGGGGCUCUUGACGGAAAUUCGGACUCCUAUCUUGGUGGAGCCUUUCCAGGAGCGCUACAGCCUCAGCCCCGGCCGGGAGCUCGGCAGGGGGAAAUUUGCAGUGGUAAAAAAGUGUGUGAAGAGAGAGACAGAAAAAGAGUUUGCAGCAAAAUUCAUGAGGAAAAGAAGAAAGGGCCAAGAUUGCCGAAUGGAGAUAAUUCAUGAGAUUGCAGUUCUGGAGCUGGCACAACGCAACCAUUGGGUUAUUAAUUUGCAUGAAGUAUAUGAAACACCAACAGAAAUGAUUUUGGUUUUGGAAUAUGCUGCUGGAGGAGAAAUCUUUGACCAAUGUGUAGCCGAAAGAGAAGAUUCUUUCAAAGAAAAAGAUGUUAAGCGUCUCAUGAGGCAGAUCUUGGAAGGAGUUUCAUUUUUACAUCGAAAUAAUGUGGUUCACCUUGAUUUGAAGCCCCAGAACAUUCUGCUAACCAGUGAAUCACCUUUGGGAGAUGUUAGAAUAGUUGAUUUCGGCCUUUCUCGAGUAAUGAAGAAUAGUGAAGAACUAAGAGAAAUUAUGGGGACACCUGAAUAUGUGGCUCCAGAAAUCCUGAGUUAUGAUCCAAUCAGCACUGCGACAGAUAUGUGGAGUAUUGGAGUGCUAGCAUAUGUCAUGCUAACCGGGGUAUCACCUUUCUUGGGAAAUGAUAAGCAGGAAACAUUCUUAAAUAUAUCUCAGAUGAAUGUAAAUUACUCUGAAGAUUUUGACCUUAUAUCAGAAUCUGCUGUAGAUUUCAUCAAAGCACUUCUGAUUAAAAAGCCUGAGGAACGGGCAACAGCAGAGGAAUGCUUGCUACAUUCUUGGUUAGCACAAACUGAGGUUCCUCAUGCCAUAUGCUGGAUUAAGAACACAGAAGAGGAGGCAAAUACCAAUAUUGUAAAUGAAGACGAUUCCACUUCUGGAAACUCUACAGAUGGAGAAAAAACAGAAGAAGAACCAGUAGUGACAGAGGAGCUGAUUGUAGUAGCUUCAUACACACUAGGACAAUGUAGGCAAUCUGAAAAAGAUAAAAUAGUUGAACAGAAAACCAUUUCCAAGAGGUUUAAGUUUGAGGAACCAUUACUGCAAGAGAUACCUGGAGAAUUUAUUUACUGAAUUGUGUCUUGUUUCUCCUUCUGACACUUUGAAACUCUUAACUUGGAAGGUGAUAGUUCUCCUCCCCCCACCCCCAGAGAUCGAGAGAUGCACAUUUAUGCAAAAUGCCUUCUAGAUUAAGAGGGGAAAUUUCAAAAGCCAAUCAGAAAAUUGUGCCAAGUUCCUUAAUAUUUAUAGAAUUGGUGUAAGGGGAGCAUCCCAUGGAGAUAGGAAUAGUAGUUUGUGUGUGUCCUGUGCUGAUAUGUGUAAAGCUCUUUGUACUGCAGCUGCUAUUUAAUCCAUAAUUCUUCACAAUUGUGGGUUACUUCUGUAGGAGGGAAUAUGGGUAGGUAUUUCAGUACCGAUGUAAUCUAAGAUUUGGGCAGAAUUUGCCCUUCAGUGCACUUAGCUGGAUUGUCUAACAGUUAUGACCAUGGUGAAAGAUAUGAUCAGAUGUUACUUUCACUUGUGGUAGUCUGGCUUUAACCAUCAAAAUUCAAACAAAACAAAACAUUCAGGCUUGAGGGGGAAAGCAAAGCCUCGGCUUGCGAUUUUGCUCUAGCCUGGAUUGCGUGGACUCCCUCAGUUUCCAUAUUGGGUUGUGAAUAAUUUUACCUGUGUUUUCAUGGUGUAAAGUGACCCUACCUGCACGUGAUAUUCCGCACAGAGUGAUGCUGAUGGUGAAAAAUCCCAUCCUUGUUGCACAGAUUUAAAGCACAUCUACAUGCUGCUUGCAUAGGUAGGGUGUUUUGCUCCUUUGGAGCAUUGCACAAUCACAUGGCAUGAUGUUGCUUCCAUUGGGAGUAGUGAGGAAGCAUCUCGCUUUGCAAUCACACAGCACUCCAAAGAAGCAGAACAGCCCCCGACGCGAGCAGCGUGGAUGUUUUAAAGCCACACAGCAGCAAGGACAGGAGCGCUCACUGUCGGCAUUGUGCUGUGCAGAAUGCCAGGCGAUGCAGAGUACAGGUAGGGUCAUUUUACACCAUGAAGACACAUAGCGUUAUUUAGAGCACCAGAUGAACUACAGUUUCAAAUGCUUUACCGAAUUAUUCACAAUGGCUGACAUGAGGAAAACUUCUGAGAAUAGUCCCAAUGAAAAUUCCCUUAUGUCAGCCAUUGCUUCUGUAAAGCACUUGAAACUAUAGUUCAUCUGGUGUUCUAGACAAAGUUACCCAGCAUGAAGGCAACAUACUAGUUUGUGUUAGAGGUGUGAAUAGUGAUGGAAGUGACAGUUUGUGGAAAAUGUGUUCUGGGUAUCUGUGUGUCUCAUUAUAAAGCAUUACUCCUUGAGACUUGCCAUUCUUAUCAUUCAUGGAGGCUAAACUGGAAACAAAGGUAGUCUAAGUACAUAUGAAAUUGGUUUCAGGUUAAAAAAAAAAAAAUCAACCCAGACUCCAUGGAAGUGGUAAAACCAUCGUCCUUGGUUCCUAUUUUCUGUCUAGUGAAUAGGCAAGGAUGUUUAAAAUUAGCUUUAAGAAACGGGAGAGGUUUAACUUUGCUAAGUUUGCAGAGCUCUGCAAGUUAAACUUGUAUUUACUGGCUCAUUAAAUGUAUAGCAUACAAUUUAAAAGGCAGACUUCAGCUGCACUGAGAGUGGCUUUCUAGCUGCUGUUAGUUUGCAUUGUACAAAUAGUAAACUUGGUAAUAUUUAAUAUGUAAAUUUUUAUUUUACCUUUAACAAGGCCAGCUUCCUUUUGGUUGGCUGCUUGAAAAUUCUUCUGCAUUCUAUAUUGUAUUAACUUGCUGUGCCUUAAGGUGAGUUUUGUACAGUUAGGAGUUUCAAAUAUAUAUAAGGUUAUAGAAGUCUAACAAUAAGUUAUAAACAAAGCUUAAGUUUGUCUAAUGGGGAAAAGUAUGGGCGAGGGGGCAGCAGCAGUCAACCUAUUCCAUAAACCCAGUGCUAUCAAGUUCCAUUCUAUUGUGUGGAAAUACAGUUGUGCGGUUAGCUUAUAAAGCAUUUGAAGGCUCCAUUAAUUUGGCUUGGUAAGAAAAAAUGUACACUUUAGAACCAUGUGAUGCCAAGAUCAUAAACUUGAAAUACUACAGCAAAAAAUUAAACUUGUGGAUAAUGUGAAUUAGUGAAUAUACAAAGCUUGAAGACCAGGGAAAUUCUGCAAGUGUAAAUGAAGGCCUGCUGUCUCCAGCAUGUAUUUCCUGUGAUUGCAGUUUUUUGUGUCCAUUUAAUGUCUUGAAACAUGGCAAGAGGAGGAUGUUGCAUAAUCUCAAGUGACUUAAGGUGGUAAUGUACUGUAACUUGGUUUAAGAGCAAAUUGUCAUGCCUCAACCUUUUUGCAGAAUCCUGGCAGUUGUACACUUAUUGUGCUUCUAUAAUUGUUACCUUUUUAAAUACAAGAGGCCUAUUAUGUUCUCCUGUUUGGCCAAUUUGCUUCAAUAUAAAUGAACUGGUUUUUCCUGUCCCUUAAUGAUGAUCUAUAGCACUUAACAUGCCAUAGAUUUUCCUUCCAAAGAAACCGGAACAGUUCCCUAGAAUUCAUGGAGUGCAUUAACUCCCAAGUGACUUUCUAGUCCCUAGAUGCUAAAGAGAGGCAGCUAGCAUCCAAAGAGUUGCCAUCCAGUGGUGCAACUGAGGCUUCAUUGCUUAUGCUGUGCCUUAAUUGCUGAUCUUUGCCAGCAAGCAGCUGGAAGAGGGCCGUGCCCUCUCUGCCUAUAACAUCCAGAAGGAGUCCACCCUCCAUCUUGUGCUGUGCCUGAGGGGAGCAUGCAGAUCUUUGUGAAGACCCUGACUGGCAAAACCAUCACAGUUCCCUUCCCCUCACAGGUGAAAGCAGCACUUCAUAAAGCCAAAGCUACAAUUUGGGCCGGAGACAAUGCUGCUUUUGCUAUUGGCAACCCUUUUGUUCCAUGGUAUCAUUAAGUUCAGCUGGUUGGUGAGGCUGUUCCAUAACCACUGUGGCAUAAUAGGUUGAGGGUGGAAAAAUAAAUUGAAUAUUGUCGUGUAAGGCUUUCAUGUAGUAUACUGUUGUAACAGGGAACGCUUCUCCUUUCCUGUAGUAAUGCUGGGUUACUUUGUGCUUGACGUGUUACUUGUUUUUGUGGACCCACCAUGCACACUGAGGGGACGAAUAGAUAAAAACCUGCACUGGUUUCUUAAAUUGGUUGGAAUUCAACCUAUUGGCUUAGCUUUAGCAGUUUAUUUUAAGCUCUCCCUGCUCUACUUGUUAAAUUCAGUAUGCUAACAAACUCUAGCAGUAUUGUUGAACUGCAUAGUACUCUUCAUGGCCAGAAAUUGGUUUGUCACCGUUGGGCUUAAUUAGCUCCUGAUUCAGGCAAUAAUGCUACUGAAAACAAUUAACAAAUGAAGUUUAAUAAUGACUGAUGACAUGUCCAUUUAUUACUCCUUUACAUGUUAAGCACACCAACACAGAACUAAGAUGAGCAAUAUUUAAUUUUCUGGAAAAUGUACAUAACAUCUUGAUUUUUUUCACAUUGUAAGGAAUAUAUUCAAGUGUUAAGGGGGUUAAUAAAUGGAUUCACCUUUAUAAAA